ACUACUCACAGCGCUUACAUCGGCCUUACUACGUUGGUCUACUCACAGCGCUUACAUCGGCCUUACUACGUUGGUCUACUCGCAGCGCUUACACCGGCUGUACCUCGUUAAUUGAUAGCAUACUUUUAAUGGUAGGAAAGUCAGUUGAUGUUUUUGAAACUAUGUUAGUUUAUUUUCUCAUCUUUUCGGAUACGCCAGCAAUUUCUUGUGUUUUAUUUACGUAGAUAUCAGUUGGAUGAUUUACAUAAUAUAUACUGUGUUACAUGGAUGUGAGUUGGAUAGCCCACAUACUGGGUUACAUAGAAGUUAGUUGGAUAGUCCACAUACUGGGUUACAUAGAAGUUAGUUGGAUAGUCCACAUACUGGGUUACAUGGAUGUGAGUUGGAUAGCCCACAUACUGGGUUACAUAGAAGUUAGUUGGAUAGUCCACAUACUGGGUUACAUAGAAGUUAGUUGGAUAGUCCACAUACUGGGUUACAUAGAAGUUAGUUGGAUAGUCCACAUACUGGGUUACAUAGAAGUGAGUUGGAUAGCCCACAUACUGGGUUACAUAGAAGUUAGUUGGAUAGUCCACAUACUGGGUUACAUGGAUGUGAGUUGGAUAGCCCACAUACUGGGUUACAUAGAAGUUAGUUGGAUAGUCCACAUACUGGGUUACAUAGAAGUUAGUUGGAUAGUCCACAUACUGGGUUACAUAGAAGUUAGUUGGAUAGUCCACAUACUGGGUUACAUAGAAGUUAGUUGGAUAGUCCACAUACUGGGUUACAUAGAAGUUAGUUGGAUAGUCCACAUACUGGGUUACAUAGAAGUUAGUUGGAUAGUCCACAUACUGGGUUACAUAGAAGUUAGUUGGAUAGUCCACAUACUGGGUUACAUAGAAGUUAGUUGGAUAGUCCACAUACUGGGUUACAUAGAAGUUAGUUGGAUUGUACACAUACUCGGGGCUGUGUAAGUAAUUCCUAUACAUUAUGAUUUCAAAAUCCUGUCAUUCUCCUUACAGCAGUUCUCACGAUCGCCAAGACCACCACCUCGGCCUUCGCGUAAAGCGUUCCGAAAGCACCCCACGCUGCCGGCCAUGACACCCUCUGACGAAACGAGGUCAAGACUCAAUUUUGAGGUGCAGACGUUUAACAUUUAUGGAACUCUCCGAAAAGUAGAAACUCAAGUGCGGAAUUGUGGGCCGUCUGCUUCCGGUUAGUUUGAAUCAUUCGACAAUCAUGUUGUUUUUUUAUAAUAGAACAUUGCUUGAUUAAUUAAGGUGGAAAAAAAAAUGUGAAUUAUUGUCUUAACCCGGUUGUACUGUUGUAAACUCACUGUUUUGAAAUGGAAGAUAUGCCACGAAAUCUUUUUUGCAAUAGCUCUUACACUUACACAUAUUUAUGUAAGAGGUAAUCGGGAAUAAGGCUAUUUUCGAUCUACUGAAAGACACAUUUGGACACAGUGUGCACCGAAUGGGACAGAGUCAUUUAGAGCUGGGUAUAGCGAAUUCAGAAGGGAGAUAAACAGAACUAGAAAAUAACGAAUCACAACACCAUAUAAAACAACAACUGCUGUUUAAUUUUUUUAUUUGUUAGGAGUAGAGUCUUGGUCAAUGAAGCAUUCUGCUAUUUAUUUCAAAGAACUCCCCCACCCACAACUCCCCCCCCCCCCCCGUUUUAUUCCAGUUAUAAACAUCGAGAAGACGUUGCUGGCGUUUGAAGAGAAGAGGCGCGUGUCCCCUGAUGACGUCAACUACCGAGACUUCUACGACUACAUCAGUGGUGAACUCAUCAGAUGGCGAUGUCCGGGUCCUGUUAUGACAUAGAAUCGUACCCACGCGUGACGUCAGCUCGUAGGAAAGACACCUCAUUUGUUUACAUCAGUGGUUCUUAACCUUCCUAAUGCCGCGACCCUUUAAUACUGUUCCUCAUGUUGUGGUGACACCCCCCAGCCUUAUAAUUAUUUUCAUUGCUACUUCAUAAAUAUAUGUUUUCCGUUGGUCUUAUGCGGCCCCUGUGUAAGGGUCGUUCGACCCUCAAAUGGGUCGCGACCCAGACUUGAGAACCCCUGGUUUAUAGACUGGUGUCAUUGUUUGAGGCAGGGCCCAAUACCCAACAUGGUGUUGUAAAAAAAAAAUUACAGAGGCGGCACACUUACGUGUCUUCAUUGCACGUCUUCAGUCAUACGGUCAUCAUAAUCAACUGCCUUGUCUGUUUGAUAGAAACUGCUUCAUGCAAUGUUUCAUGUCCUUUCAAUUAUUUUAUUCGAAUCAACUCAUGUCCCCGAAUAUGCCUAAGGGGUACGACCAGGAAGGACAAAUAAAGCAUAUUAUAUCAGAGAAAACAGCGAAAUGGGUUGGUUCAUAACAUAUCCGCUUUCAUGUCAUUUGCAGUUGUCAUGGUUUGGCUGAGUAAACAUGGUGGUUGUCAUGGUUUGGCUGAGUAAACAUGGUGGUUGUCAUGGUUUGGCUGAGUAAACAUGGUGGUUGUCAUGGUUUGGCUGAGUAAACA